AUGUUUGUUCGUGAUGGUAAUGCUCUUAAUGAACUCGAUGAUAAACGUAUUAAGCAAAUUAAGCCCCUUAUACCGCCUCAAAUUUUAAUGGAGGACUUGCCUUUGACCUUGAAGGCAGCUCAAACUGUAAUACUUGGCCGCUCAAAUGCAGAGGCAAUAAUAAAGGGUUUGGAUGACAGAUUACUAGUCAUCGUUGGUCCUUGUUCUGUCCACGACGUCCGAGCCGCGCUUGAAUAUGCUGAAAAGUUAAAAGCUUAUGCCAUUGAAGCAUCUAACGAACUUUUGAUAAUUAUGCGUGUUUAUUUUGAAAAGCCAAGGACGACAGUGGGUUGGAAAGGAUUGAUUAAUGAUCCUUUUCUAAAUAACAGUUUCCAAAUCAAUAAAGGAUUGCGUAUUUCACGUAAACUCUUGAUGGAUAUUAAUGAAUUAGGUGUUCCAUGUGGCAGUGAAUUCCUUGAUACUAUUACUCCCCAGUACAUUGCCGAUUUAGUUUCUUGGGGUGCUAUCGGUGCCAGGACAACUGAAUCGCAAGUUCACCGUGAACUAGCUUCAGGUUUAUCAGUUCCUGUUGGGUUUAAGAAUGGUACCGAUGGAAAUAUUGGUAUUGCUAUUGAUGCCAUUAAGUCAGCAAGUACCAAACAUCAUUUCCUUUCUGUCACUAAACAAGGUUUGAGUGCUAUUGUGGCUACAGAAGGUAAUGAUUGUUGCCACAUCAUUCUGAGGGGUGGUGCUAAAGGUCCAAAUUAUGCAGCCGAACAUGUUCUAGAUUCUGCAAAAAGGUUAGAGAGCGCAAAAUUAGCUCCUCGUAUUAUGAUUGAUUGUAGUCAUGGAAAUAGCCAAAAAGUUUUUAGUCGGCAAAUUGAUGUUAUCAAUGAUAUUGCGGAGCAACUUAAGUCGCAAUCUGGCAAUUACAUCACGGGUAUUAUGCUAGAAAGUCAUUUAAAAGAAGGUCGUCAAGAUCUUCCGAUGGAAGGUCCAUCGGGACUUGUUUAUGGUCAAUCAAUUACGGACGCGUGUAUUAGUUGGGAAGCUACAGUCAAAGCAUUGGACGUUUUACGAGAAGGUGUUAGAGCUCGACGUGAUAUUUCUUUGCAAAAUGGCAAAAGGUCCCCUACAUCUUUCAAUGAAUAA